CCGUCUGCCGAAAAAUAGAAGCGGAGUAAGAACUUCUCAAGAGAGAGAAAAUUUGCCUUUUCUCUCACUUCAUCACCUGAACCCCAGUCAAGCUUGCCACCCCCCAAAAAAUAAAAAAUUAAAAAAUUAAAGGUGAAAAAACCUUUGAUUUUCUUAUAGAUCGGCCAUGGCAGCUGCUAAAGAACGUGAAAACUUCGUCUACGUUGCCAAACUCGCCGAGCAAGCUGAGCGCUACGAUGAGAUGGUGGAUGCAAUGAAAAAGGUGGCAAAGAUGGAUGUGGAGUUGACAGUGGAGGAGAGAAAUUUGCUGUCUGUGGGGUACAAAAAUGUCAUUGGAGCACGGAGGGCUUCCUGGAGGAUUUUAUCUUCCAUUGAGCAGAAAGAGGAGUCAAGAGGAAACGAGCAGAAUGUGAAGCGGAUAAAGGAAUAUAGGCAAAAGGUCGAGAAUGAGCUGACGGAUAUUUGUAGCGAUAUCAUGGCAGUGAUCGAUGAGCAUCUCAUUCCCUCAUGCACAGCCGGGGAAUCAUCAGUGUUUUACUAUAAGAUGAAAGGGGAUUAUUACAGGUAUCUUGCAGAGUUCAAGAGUGGUAAUGACAGAAAAGAGGUUGCUGAUCUUUCGCUUAAAGCAUAUGAGGCUGCUACCAGUGCUGCAGAAUCUGGUUUACCUCCUACUCAUCCCAUUAGAUUGGGUUUGGCUUUGAAUUUUUCUGUCUUCUAUUAUGAGAUCAUGAAUUCUCCUGAGAGGGCUUGUCACCUUGCCAAGCAAGCAUUUGAUGAAGCAAUUUCGGAGCUGGAUAGCCUUAAUGAAGAGUCUUACAAAGAUAGUACGUUGAUCAUGCAACUUCUUAGGGACAACCUUACCCUGUGGACCUCUGAUAUCCCCGAGGAUGCAGAAGAUGCACAGAAGAUCGAUGGUGCCAACAAAGGUGGCGAGGAUGCUGAGUGAAGCAGCAGAAUGCUCGAGUCUACAAUAUUAGAAGGGACGGAGGCAUAGACGCACAGGGACUGUUGGUUGUCAUUGGAUGCGCUAGAAAUGUGUGUUGUGUUGUCUUGUUAUAGCUUGUUCAUGGAAUUUAUUGUCUGUAUGUGGUUUGAUUUGAAUCCCCAGGAGGGUUCCUCCCUAAAUUGUGUACCAAUUUUUAGAGCAUUGUUUGGCCUGUAGGUAGUGUGGUUUCAGUCAACUGCCUCAACCGCAAGAGUGAUGAUGUCUGCUCUGGCCGUCCUUUCAAACUUCAUUUAUCUGAUGUCAUUACAAUUGACAAGUUCUGCAUAUGCAUGGACAGCUUAUGUAUGGUUCGGUUUUUUUACGUUUUAGUUAAAUAAGAGACCUGCAUCCUCUUUGCUGAGAUGCAGAAGCAUGUGUUU